AUGAAUGCUGAUGCCGAUUACAUCAACACCGAUGAUGAUGAUGACGAGGACGUUGGUAUAUUCAGCAUCGCCAAUGCCGGCCAUAGUGAGGACGACGACUCCCUCACUGUUGAAGACAACGUUCUUUCAGCAAAUCACACGUAG